CGCUGCUGCUCUGCACCUUCAUGCUGCACUACUUCCACAGGAGUUUUAUCUACAUCUUCCUGACCAGAGGGCGACCCGUUCCGCUGUCCAUCGUCCUGUACGCCGCCGUCUUCUGCUCGCUCAACGGCUUCCUGCAGGGACACCACCUGCUGCACUGUGCACGCUUUGAGCACACCUGGCUGACACACGCUCGCAUCGCUGCAGGUCUGGUUUUGUUCGGGGUCGGGAUGGUCAUCAACAUCCACAGUGACCACAUCCUGCGGAGCCUCAGGAGGCCGGGAGAGAUCGCCUAUAGGACCCCUCAUGGAGGAAUGUUUCACUUCGUGUCCGGAGCUAAUUACUUCGGGGAGAUCGUGGAGUGGUUCUGCUUCGCCUUGGCUGCGUGGAGUUUACCGUCAUUCGCCUUCGCUCUGUUCACCGCCUGCUCCAUUGGACCCAGAGCCUGUCACUAACACAGAGAUUACCUGCAGAGGUUCAAGGACUACCCCCCCCCCCCCCUCCAGGAAAGCUCUCAUCCCGUUUAUCCUGUGAGGACGGGAGAGAGAGUCGAUGAUAAUGAAGGAAUCACUUCCUGUGCCUCUCCAAACACCUGGUUUCUGUAUGUUUUCUGUCUAUGUAUACGACGAGUUAUCUGGUGUCAUGUUCCUGAAUGUUAUGUGUACUCUGAAGCUGUGGUCUGUCUCUCAGCAGAUUCAUGUUUCAUGUUUGUAUUAGAACUCUGAGACGACAUUGUCCUGAAGACAAACUGAUGAGUUGUACAUUUUUCUGAUCGAAGAGAGAAUAAAGGUCGGGUGAUGUUGUUGGA